AUGUUUUUUUUCAAGGAAUAUCUGUGCCUUAGUGGAUAUAUUUUAGUAGAAAAAAAUUACUCUCUCUCCUAUCCGGCUGUCUACUUAUCUCUCUCUCUCUCUCUCUCCUAUCCGGCUGUCUACUUAUCUCUCUCUCUCUCUCUCCUAUCCGGCUGUCUACUUAUCUCUCUCUCUCUCUCUCUCCUAUCCGGCUGUCUACUUAUCUCUCUCUCUCUCUCUCUCUCUCUCCCUAUCCGGCUGUCUCUCUCUCUCUCUCUCUCUCCUAUCCGGCUGUCUACUUAUCUCUCUCUCUCUCUCUCUCUCUCUCCAUCUGUCACCCAUCUCUCUCUCUCUCUCUCUCUCUCUCUCUCCUAUCCGGCUGUCUACUUAUCUCUCUCUCUCUCUCUCUCUCUCUCCUAUCCGGCUGUCUCUUAUCUCUCUCUCUCUCUCUCCUAUCCGGCUGUCUACUUAUCUCUCUCUCUCUCUCUCUCUCUCCUAUCAGCUGUCUCUUAUCUCUCUCUCUCUCUCUCUCUAUCCGGCUGUCUCUUAUCUCUCUCUCUCUCUCUCUCUAUCCGGCUGUCUCUCUCUCUCUCUCUCUCUCUCUCCUAUCCGGCUGUCUCUCUCUCUCUCUCUCUCUCCUAUCCGGCUGUCUACUUAUCUCUCUCUCUCUCUCUCUCCUAUCCGGCUGUCUACUUAUCUCUCUCUCUCUCUCCUAUCCGGCUGUCUACUUAUCUCUCUCUCUCUCUCCGGCUGUCUACUUAUCUCUCUCUCUCUCUCUCUAUCCGGCUGUCUACUUAUCUCUCUCUCUCUCUCUCCUAUCCGGCUGUCUACUUAUCUCUCUCUCUCUCUCUCUCUCCCUAUCCGGCUGUCUGCUUCUCUCUCUCUCUCUCUCUCUCCCUAUCCGGCUGUCUACUUAUCCGGCUGUCUAUCUCUCUCUCUCUCUCUCCUAUCUCUCUCUCUCUCUCUCUCUCUAUCGGCUGUCUACUUAUCUCUCUCUCUCUCUCUCCUAUCCGUCUGUCUACUUAUCUCUCUCUCUCCUAUCCGGCUGUCUACUUCUCUCUCUCUCUCUCCCUAUCCGGCUGUCUACUUAUCUCUCUCUCUCUCCCUAUCCCUGUCACUUAUCUCUCUCUCUCUCUCUCCCUAUCCAGCUGUCUACUUAUCUCUCUCUCUCUCCUAUCCGGCUGUCUACUUAUCUCUCUCUCUCUCUCUCUCCUAUCCGGCUGUCUACUUAUCUCUCUCUCUCUCUCUCCUAUCCGGCUGUCUACUUAUCUCUCUCUCUCUCUCUCUCUCCUAUCCGGCUGUCUACUUAUCUCUCUCUCUCUCUCUCUCUCCUAUCCGGCUGUCUACUUAUCUCUCUCUCUCUCUCUCUCCCUAUCCGGCUGUCUCUUAUCUCUCUCUCCUAUCCGGCUGUCUAUUUCUCUCUCUCUCUAUCUGUCUAUCUCUCUCUCUCUCCUAUCCGGCUGUCUACUUAUCUUCUCUCUCUCUCCUAUCCUCCCUAUCCGGCUGCCUCCCUAUCCGGCUGCCUACAUAUCUUUCUCUCUCCUCUCCCUAUCCGGCUGCCUUCUCUCUCUCUCUCCUAUCCGGCUGCCUACAUAUCUUUUCUCUCCUCUAUCCGGCUGCCUACAUAUCUUUCUCUCUCCUCCUAUCCGGCUGCCUACUUAUCUUUCUCUCUCUCUCCUAUCCGGCUGUCUCUCCUAUCCGGCUGCCUACAUAUCUUUCUCUCUCCUCUCCUAUCCGGCUGCCUACAUAUCUUUCUCUCUCCUCUCCUAUCCGGCUGCCUACAUAUCUUUCUCUCUCCUCUCCUAUCCGGCUGCCUACAUAUCUUUCUCUCUCCUCUCCUAUCCGGCUGCCUACAUAUCUUUCUCUCUCUCUCUCCAUCCGGCUGCCUACAUAUCUUUCUCCUCCCCUAUCCGGCUGCCUACAUAUCUUUCUCUCUCCUCCCCUAUCCGGCUGCCUACAUAUCUUUCUCUCUCCUCCCCUAUCCGGCUGCCUACAUAUCUGCCUUUCUAUCCGUCUCCAACCGCUUUCUUAUUGAGUAUUAGCAAAUUGCCGUAUCCUUAUGCCCGAUUUCAGAGAACAACUGAUUUAGUGAAUUCACAGUUGCAAGCCGCGAUGAUUUUGCCAAUGUAUAGUAACAUUGCUGUCUCUCUCUCUCUGACGAUAAAGUAUAGUAACAUUGCUGUCUCUCUCUCUCUCUCUCUCUCUCUGACGAUAAAGUAUAGUAACAUUGCUGUCUCUCUCUCUCUCUGA